AGAGCCUGAGGUCCAGAGACGUUGGCACGAGCCAAUCAGGAGGUUGUCAGAAUUGCACAUAAAAAUGGCCAUCGACUCAAGAGAGAUCGCUGGUGAUCGGCCACGUGCGAGUGAGGAUGGGUCUGAUUGGCGGAGAAGAGCAUUUUCAGCUCAGAGCUACGUGCCUCGAGCUCCAGGAGAUGCCGUUGAUGACGGCUGGGUGAUGGAAGCCCCUGAAAUGGUGACUGGCUGGGAAGGGGACUCUGUCAUUCUGCUUUGCAGCUUCUCACUCCCCGACCCCGGGUAUAAAGGCAACAUCUCAGUCGUAUGGACAACAAAGAGAAAAAGCAGCAGAGCUGUAGUGUUCAACUGCACAAACUACCUCCCACUCAAUGCUCCGUCCAAUACAUCUGAGAACUUGAUCCAUCGGAACGCGGGCAGGCGGUACUGGCUGGCGGGGAACCCGAGGGAGAUGAACGCCUCACUGGCGGUGGAGAAGCUCACUCUGCCUGACAGUCAGCACAGGUACCAGUGCUGGGUGGCACUCACUGGCAACGGAUCUGAGGUGCUCGUGAGCUCGACUGAAACUACUCUCCUGGUGAUGGGAAAACUCCUAUCAGUGACUGGUACCAAAGGAGGUGAUGCCACACUGCCAUGCUCCUUCACCAUGCCAGGCAUUCACCCAAGUAAUAUCUAUGUCAUUUGGAGGCGAGGGAAUCCACAAAGCCGGCCGUUUAUUAAUGACACGCUUGGCCUCGCCUCACACACCAACCCCGGGGAGUCAGAGACAGCGAAUGAAGGAAAUCGCUACAAGGUGGUCGGGAAUGUGGGAGAUGGAGAUACUUCCCUGAGGAUCAGGGGCCUGGAGUUAAAUGACACCGGCCGGUAUUUCUGUCACGUACACGUCACGUUCACACUGCAGGAAUACACGACGCAGGAACACACGACGCAGGGACAUGUGUCUCAUGGACACACUACACAGGAACAUGUGACGCAGAAUCAGAUGUGGCUGCGGGUCGUCGCUCCGGCCGUCAUCCUGAGUCUGUCCCUCGUGGCCGGUGAUGGAGCCGGAAGUGGGAUUGUGUGCACGGCUGAGGGGGAACCACCAGCCAACAUCACAUGGAUCGACCCUGAGAAUAACACGUUGCCCAUUAACACCAGCCACACGCCAGUCACACACGUACCGGACAAGUAUCAAACCGUGGGGGAGAUCCGGGGCCCGAGGCUGAGGGGAACUUACCGCUGUGUAGCUGAGAACACACAGGGCAGGGACACCAGAGACAUCCUCGUCGCUGCCCCACAGAGAGAUGGCAGUUUCAUCAUCGCGAUACUGUGUUUGAUACCCUUAGUUAAAUUUCUCACUAUGUUGGUCACGGGGAUCAUUCUCGUUUGUAAAAUGGGAGAUUGAAUCUGUUUCCAGCCUGAGGACAAGUAAAGAAGGAGCUCUGUAUAGUCCCCGCUCUCACCUGUGCCUGUCUCCAGUGGCCUUGAGGGUGACACAUACAAGAUCACAAGAGCUUCAACGAAGGAGAACAUUUGAUAACAGAGAUCCUUCAAACCAUAAGAUCGCUUCCUUCCAGUAAUCCUCAGGCUGCCAUCUCCCAUUACAGCAUUGACCUCAACAGCGACCCUUAUCCUGGAGGAUUGCAGGCUCCUCGGUGUCCUUCCUCCCCUCCUACAUGCUCACACACUCCCAACCUCCCUGCUCUACACUGUACUGUGCCAAACCUCAGGCCAGCCAUGUGGUCAAGGCCUCAGGCCUCUUUGUACCUCUCACACGGCCUACAGACACAAUGCACUGCUCUCAUACUGUCAGUUUAUUGAUCACUCACAGCCUCCAGCCCACAGACCUGUCACAGCCUUCAGCCCACAGACCUGUCACAGCCUUCAGCCCACAGACCUGUCACAGCCUCCAGCCCACAGACCUGUCACAGCCUUCAGCCCACAGACCUGUCACAGCCUUCAGCCCACAGACCUGUCACAGUCUCCAGCCCACAGGCCUCUCAAAACUUCAAGGCACGCAAACUUGUCUGUGACUUGUCUGUCUCCCAGCCAGAAGAUCAGAAAAAAGCUGGUCAGCUUUGCAGGGACAUUACCUCUUCAGCUGAGGAACAGUAACCUUAAGGAACACAAAGCAAACAGGAUGCUGGGCUAUAUUGCUAAAUUGUUGAAUUUAAUGCUCUUGUCAACCCACACCCAGAGAAUUGCAUACAGUUCUGGUCACCAGGACAUUAAGGGGCCACCCAGGCCCAAGUAGCAAUGCAGAGGAAAGCAACAAGGAUAAUCCCCAGUGUUAUAGGAAUGAGUUGUGAACAACAACAAGCGAGGAAUCUGAAGUCUUGAGAGAAGACAAUUCAGGGGGGACCUCAUAGAAGUGUAUAACAUUUUAAACGGGAUUGAGAAAGUAAACUCAGAUCAAUACUUUAGGAUAUUCCUAGGCAGUGGAACAUAAGGUCACAGAGUUGAAGAGCUCAAUUUCAGGACAGAUAACAGGAAGUUUCUCUUUACUGAGUAAUUAACGACUAGAACAGAUGGCUAAGGAAGGGUGGUUGAGGCCAGGACACUAAGGCUAAAUUAAAAAGUGGCUUGAUGCUGUGGUGGUCGGGUGAAUGUUCUGGAGGCAUGAGAUCCCUCCAAAGAACCUUUAUCCAACACAAUUUUGUGAUGAACACAAUAACUUUUACUACAAGAACCUUGUAUCAGGUAUUCUUAGAAACUCUUUCUGCCUCUAAACAUAGGCAUUCUGUGGUCAAUAGUAAUUGUUCUGCUUUUGAAG